AUGCUUCGUUUGUCAUCUUCAAUACAACGUCGUGUACCUUUAUACAAAGCAAGUGGUAAUCGUCUCUUAGUAUCUGCACGUGAGAAAGUUGAUCGUCGUCAUGUCCCACGUUUUGAAACACCUGCUGUACUAGAAUUUGAAGAUGGUACAUGUUUUCAUGGUAUCUCAUUUGGGGCAAAGAAAUCCAUGGCUGGUGAAGUAGUUUUUACGACUGGUAUGGUUGGUUACCCGGAGGCAUUGACAGAUCCAUCAUUUAAAGGCCAGCUUCUUAAUAUGACGUUUCCUAUGAUUGGUAAUUAUGGUGUACCAGACACCAAGAUAUUGGAUGAAUUUGGGCUUCAUAAAAAUAUUGAAUCCGAUCGUAUUCAUGCUGCUGGUAUGAUUGUACAAGAUUAUUCAAGUCAUUAUAGUCAUUGGAAUGCUGCUCAAUCACUAUCCGAGUGGCUUGAGAGUGAGGGAAUUCCAGGUAUUACUGGUGUCGAUACGCGUGCUAUCACGAAGAAAAUCCGUGCGAAUGGAGCCAUGGCCGGUCGUAUUAUUGUAGAGGGCAGUGCUCCACCAAAACUUAUUGAUGUGAACGAGAAUAAUCUUGCUGCUCUUGUCUCGACAAAAGAAAUUAUCACAUAUGGUAAAGGAAAUCCAAUCAAGAUCUUGGCGAUUGAUUGUGGUAUCAAGCACAAUAUAAUUCGAGAACUUGUCAAACGUGGUGCAGAAGUAAAACGCGUGCCGUGGAAUCACGAUAUUUCUUCUGAAAUUGGCUGGUAUGAUGGUCUUUUCAUUUCAAACGGUCCGGGUGAUCCAGCGAUCAUGAAGGAAACGACUGCUCAACUUCAAAAGGCUUUGAAUCUACAAGGCGGUAAUAUUAAGCCUAUAUUUGGAAUCUGUCUCGGUAACCAGCUUCUCAGUCUUGCUGCCGGUGCCAAGACGUACAAGCUGCCGUUCGGAAAUCGUGGACAAAAUCAACCUGUGCAAGAUUUAAAAAGCGGGCAGAGCUAUAUCACUGCCCAGAACCAUGGUUACGCAGUAGACGGCAAAACACUGCCUAGUGAAUGGGAAGAGCUCUUUGUGAAUCUCAACGAUGGCACGAAUGAAGGUAUCAUUCACAAGUCCAAACCGUACUUUACAGCACAGUUCCACCCAGAAUAUGCUGGCGGACCUACGGAUACCAAGUUCCUGUUUGAUACGUUCCUUGAUGCCGUACGCACAAAGGAGAAAGGACCAAUCAAGAAUUUGGUGCAGCGGCAGAAAGUUACGCGCCCCAAGGUGAAAAAGGUGCUAGUGCUCGGAUCAGGUGGUCUGUCUAUUGGUCAGGCCGGUGAGUUUGACUACUCUGGCUCACAAGCUAUUAAGGCACUAAAGGAGGAGGAGAUAGAAACGAUCCUGAUUAACCCAAAUAUUGCUUCCGUGCAGACAAAUAUUGACCGCUCUAGCGAGGCUCAGGCUAGCAACGUGUACUAUCUGCCUGUGAACCCUGAUUUCGUGGAACAGGUAAUCAAGCGUGAGCGCCCGGACGGUAUCCUCAUCUCCAUGGGCGGACAAACUGCAUUGAACUGCGGUGUAGAGCUUGACAAGCGGGGAGUAUUCGAGAAGUACGGUGUGAAGGUCCUUGGUACGCAAAUUGAUGUGAUUAAUUACACGGAAGACCGUGAGCUGUUCAACGACAAGCUCGCGGAGAUAAAUGAGUGUAUUGCUCAAAGUGAGGCUGUGGAGUCAGUGGAUGAUGCAGUGAAGGCUGCGUACAAGAUUGGUUUUCCGGUGAUGAUCCGUUCAGCGUUUGCGCUUGGCGGUCUAGGCUCAGGUAUUUGUGAGGAUGAGGCUCACUUGCGCCAGAUGGCCCAGCAGGCCUUCUCUGGUAGCCCUCAGAUCCUGGUCGAGCGCUCGAUGAAGGGUUGGAAAGAAGUUGAGUAUGAAGUGGUGCGUGAUGCUGCCAACAAUUGUUUGACGGUGUGCAACAUGGAGAACUUUGACCCUCUGGGUAUUCACACGGGUGAGUCAAUUGUUAUCGCGCCUUCGCAGACUUUGUCGGACCGCGAGUACCACAUGCUGCGAGAGACUGCUCUUAAAGUGGUGCGUCACCUUGGCAUUGUUGGCGAGUGUAACAUUCAGUAUGCACUGAAUCCCGAAUCGGAAGAGUACUGUAUUAUUGAGGUGAACGCACGCCUGUCACGUUCGAGUGCUUUGGCAUCGAAAGCGACGGGCUAUCCGCUUGCUUUUGUGGCUGCUAAGCUUGCUCUGGGUAUCAAUCUGCCAGACUUGAAGAACUCCGUGACCAAGAGUACAACUGCUUGCUUCGAGCCCUCCCUUGACUACUGCGUUGCCAAGAUGCCGCGUUGGGAUUUGGCCAAGUUUGACAACGUCAGUACUGAGAUUGGCUCGUCCAUGAAGAGUGUUGGUGAGGUAAUGUCGAUUGCCCGCACUUUUGAAGAAGCAAUACAGAAGGCGCUGCGUAUGGUUGAACCUUCAAAUGAGGGCUUUGAGCCGCGUUACGACCAGUUGUCGCAUGAUGAGCUAGUAAAAGCUCUGGGCAAGCCUACAGACCGCCGUAUUUACCAAAUUGCGCAGGCAUUGAAGUCUGGCCAGCUGUCUAUUGAUCAGGUGCACGAUAUCACAAAGAUUGACACUUGGUUCCUGAGCCGUCUACAAGCCAUUUCCGAUUGCGAUGUGAAUCUUACUGGCAAGAAGCUGAACGACCUGACCGGUGCUGAGAUCGCCGAGGCGAAGAAGCUGGGCUUUUCAGACCGUCAGCUUGCUCGCAUGUUCAGCUGCACUGACGAUGAGGUGCGCGCUAAGCGUAAGGAGCUUGGCAUCGUGCCGGCGGUGAAGCAAAUUGAUACGCUUGCUGCAGAGUACCCGGCUCAGACCAACUAUCUGUACAUGACAUACAACGGUACGGAGCACGACGUGCCCGCGCAAGAACCGAACGAGGGCGUAAUGGUGCUAGGUAGCGGUGCGUACCGAAUUGGUAGCUCUGUAGAGUUUGACUGCUGUACUUUGAGGGAGUUGUCGAAGGAACGUGUGAUGGACGUUAACGACCGCGAGGGCGUUCAGGGUGUCGUGGUCUCUGUGGGUGGACAGAUCCCAAACAACCUUGCACUUCCGCUGCACAAGGCCGGCGUGAAAAUUUUGGGCACGCAUCCGAUGAUGAUUGACAGUGCUGAGGACCGCUAUAAGUUCUCGAAGCUGAUGGACAAGGCUGGCGUGCCUCAACCGGCGUGGAAGGAGCUGACUAGCCACGCUGCCGCGCGCGAGUUCGCUGAACGCGUCGGCUAUCCCGUGCUGGUGCGUCCGUCGUACGUGCUGAGUGGUGCGGCUAUGAAUGUUGCGUACAACUUCGAUGAGCUGGAUGAUGUGCUGAACCAGGCGGUUUCUGUGUCUUCGGAUCAUCCCGUUGUGAUCACGAAGUUCGUGGAGGGUGCCAAGGAGCUGGAGCUAGAUGCUGUGGCCAAGGAUGGCAAGGUAAUCGCUGCAGCAAUAUCCGAGCAUGUGGAGAACGCUGGUGUCCACAGUGGCGACGCCACACUGGUGCUACCACCUGUGGAGGCGAGUUCAUUCUAUACAAACCAGAUAAAACGACACGCUGAGAAGAUUGCAAGGGCGCUGAACAUUUCGGGUCCUUUUAACGCUCAGUUCCUGGCCAAGGGUGCUGAAGUCAGCGUAAUUGAGUGCAACUUGCGUGCCUCGCGUUCGUUCCCGUUCGUGUCGAAGACGACGGGUGCAGACUUUAUUAACGCUGCAACCAAGGUGAUGGUUGGUGAGUCGACGGACCACGACAACUUGCCUCCCCUUGACGGCCCGAAGCGUCCGGAGGGCUACGUGGGUAUUAAGUCACCAAUGUUUUCGUACACACGUCUUGGUGGCGCAGACCCGCUGAUCGGCGUCGAAAUGGCUUCGACAGGAGAGGUGGCUUGUUUUGGUAAGAAUCAUCACGAAGCGUUCCUGAAGGCGUUGAUUUCGUCAAACUUUAAAUUGCCGGAGAAGAAUAUUUUGCUGUCCAUGCAGGACAAGUUCUCGGAAGAGUUUGUGCACGCCGCCUACAAGAUGCACGAACUAGGCUAUAGCCUGUUUACGACGGAGAAGACGCAUGCGUUCCUCAAUAAGUACGACAUCCCGUCGACGAAGGUGAACUUCCCGUCCGACGGUGACAGCGAGAUGAACGUGCUGAACCUGAUCAAGGAAGGCAAGAUCGAUCUGGUGGUAAACCUGCCUAACAGUCAGAGCCAACAGAUAGAGAACAAUUAUCGCAUUCGUCGUACGGCAGUGGACUUUUCCAUUCCGCUGCUGACGAACAUCAGCCUGGUGCAGCUUUUCGUGGAAGCCAUGGCUGUUCACAAGAACCAGCCGCUGCUUGGUCUUGAGCCAGACAGUCUCUUUGACUACUACAAGCGCGAGAAGGAGGACGACGCGUGGACUGACGUGCACGAGUUCCACUAA